AUGCUCCGACGCGCCCUCGCCAUCCACCCUCUCCUCAAACAACCACUAAUGACCUCACCACCACGACCAAAAGCCGAAUCCCCCAAACCACUCUUCAGCGGCAACAUAAGACCAAGCCUCCAAACCUUCACCGAAGAAGCCGCAACCCCCUCCGCGCACAGCCGCAUCCUCACCGCCAUAAAACACGAUCAUCUUGAACUAGAAGCCCACAGCAACAAAAUCCUCUCCUCAACCGAUCCAGACGAACAAACCCGCUUCCAAAACCAAUUCACCUGGGAACUAUCUCGCCAUCUAAUCGGCGAGGAACUCGUCGUCUAUCCAGCCCUGAUCGACUCUCUCCCAGACGGACAGGGAAUAGCAGAUAAAAACAGACUCGAGCAUCGUGGUGUGAAGCACCAGUUGAAAUCGUUCCAGGGGCUUUCGUCUACGGAUCUGAGGUUCUUGCCGGCGCUUGAGGGACUCAUGCGGGAUUUCGGGAUUCAUGCCAGACAUGAGGAGGAUGUGGACUUACCUAGGCUUGAGGAGUUGUUGUCUAAAGAGGAGAGUGUUGAGUUGACUAAAUCCUUAGAUCGAGUUAAGAUCUUUGUCCCGUCCAGAUCGCAUCCGCUUGCGCCUACUGAGCCGUUCUUUGAGACUGCUGUUGGGCUUUUGACGGCGCCGAUUGAUCUCUUAGCGGAUUUGUUUCGGAAGUGGCCUGAUGGGAAGGAGAAGAAGUGGUAG